CCCGGGCAUCUCCCUCAGUCUCGAGCCGCGCCUCCUGGUUGCGCACGGAGGGGCAGCCGUUGGACGGCGUGGUUUGGGGCCGGGGGCUUGGACUCCCGGUGGCCGCCGCACCUCUCUCUUUCCCCCCGCCCGCCCCACUGCACUCGCCCAGUCUGGCUGGCGUCUUUCACCACCCUCCACACACACACACACGCACACACUUCCCGCCGCCAAGCCUUCUCCAGCUUCAGGAAGCUCCUUGUGCGGCACUUGGCGCGCGAGGCGACCAUGAAACCCGUGCUGGUGGCCGCGCUGGUCCCGCUCUGCCUUUGCCUGCACUUGGCAAGAGCUGAUGAUAAGAAUACCAACAUCACCAAUCCUUCAAAUUCUGUAGCACCAGGUGAUCACAGUUCAGGAAGCAACAGUACUACUAACACCACACAAAAAGCAAUGAACGUUACAGCCUCCACUGCUGUGACUUUUAACAUCACAACCACUGUCAGACCUACAGCUACUGUCAAUGUCACCACUGCUGCCAAGAUCACAGUCCAGACUGCCACUACCAAAGCUGUGAAAUCCACAACAGGCAAGCCUGCGUCACCUAAUGUGACAACUGCAACUCCCAAGCCAGUACGGCCUUCUCUGACAGCUUCUCCCAAAGCUGCAGCAGCUCAAGCCUCAUCAUCGGGCUUCAGCGCUGGGAGUUUCUUGGGUGGCAUCGUGUUGACGCUCGGACUCCUGGCCAUUGGCUACGUCGGAUGCAGAACCUACCAUGCAAAAAGGGGUGUUCAAUACCGAACCAUUGAUGAACACGAUGCCAUCAUUUAAAGAGAAUACUCUAUAGAUGAAAAGAGAACCUCACACUGUUAUCCUAUUCAUAGAAACAUUCUCUCCAUGGAAUAAAGCCUUAAUGCAAAAGGGAUCACAAGCUACACAAGAUGCUGGAUUCUUUUCAUGAUGUUCACCACGCUGCAAGAAUCUGUGGGACUCCGAAAAGAUUCUGAAUACUUCCAAGUAUUUUAAGUGAAAAGCUCCAAAUGAGGAAGGCACAACUGGUGCCUUCUUAAAUAACCACUGUUUCUUUCUUUUUCUUUUUUUUUCUUUUGGAAAAG